AUGAACGGAACUGGUUAUUUACAUCGUCCAUCAUCUGUUGGUAUUCUUGCUUGUGAACUGUACAUUCCAUCACUUUAUGUUGAACAAUCGAGAUUAGAAACGUAUGAUAAUGUCUCAAGAGGUAAAUAUUCAAUUGGUUUAGGACAACAACGUAUGUCAAUAUGUUCGGAUCAUGAAGAUAUAUGUUCAUUAUGUUUAACUGUUUUAUCACGUUUACUUGAUGAAACCGGUGUACAUCCACAACAAAUAGGUCGUUUAGAUGUUGGAACAGAAACAUUAAUUGAUAAAGCUAAAUCAAUAAAAACAGUUCUUAUGCAAUUAUUUGUUGAUCAUAAUAAUACAGCUGUUGAAGGUGCAGAUAAUAUAAAUGCUUGUUAUGGUGGUACUGCAGCUAUAUUUAAUGCUAUUCAUUGGAUUGAAUCAAGUUUUUGGGAUGGACGAUAUGCUGUUGUCGUCAUGGGUGAUAUAGCCAUUUAUUCAAAAGGAACUGCUCGUCCAACAGGUGGUGCUGGUGCUUGUGCUCUUCUCAUCGGUCCUAAUGCUCCUGUUGUUUUUGAAUCUGGUUGUCGUGCAACACAUAUGGCACAUGUUUACGAUUUCUAUAAACCAAAUUUAAAUUCUCUUUAUCCAGUUGUCGAUGGUCAUUUAAGUGUUCAAUGUUUUACAUCAGCACUUGACACAUGUUAUACACAAUAUUGUACAAAAUCGCAGAUGAAUCAUGAAACACAUACUCAUACAAGUACAUUAACAUCACGUGAAGUUAAUUUAUCAACAUUUGCCGCUGUUCUUUUUCAUACACCAUAUGUUAAACUUGCACAAAAAUCUUUAGCAAGAUUAUAUUUAAAUGAUCUUAUUCGUGCUUGUCCUUAUAUACCCAGUACUAUGACAGAGAAAUAUAAAAAUCUUGAUAUUCGUACAUUAAUUAAUGAUAAAGACCUUGAACGUGAAAUGAUUGAACAAAGUAGAGAAUUAUUUGAACAAAAGACACUACCAGGACUUUAUUUUUCACAAAAUAUGGGCAAUAUGUAUACACCAUCACUUUAUUAUAGUCUUUUUUCAUUUCUUAUCAGUCAACCAAAUGAAGAACAAUUGUAUGGUCGACGUAUUUUACUCUUUUCAUAUGGUUCUGGUUUAGCAUCAUCAAUGUAUAGUGUUGUUUGUCGUAAAGUUCAUGAAUGUCGUUUUACACUUGCACAAUUACAACGAAGUAUUCAACGUGCACGAUAUCGACUUGAUCAUGAAAGAGUAGAAAUAACACCGGAUUUAAUGGAUAAAUUAUUAUUAGAACGUGAAGAAAAUGAACAUAAAGUACCUUUUAUGCCAAAACAACCGAAUGAAACAUUAAAAUCAGGUGAUAUUUAUUUGAAAUCUAUCGAUAAAAAUCAUCGACGUUAUUAUGAUAAAUUCAUUGCAAAUGACAACAGUGAAAGCGAUAAUAAUGCUGGAAAAAAUAUAGAACAACUCUAUGCUGAGUAUUUUCAAAACCGCCAAACAAGCGGCGACACAAAUGAAUAG